AUGCUGCAAGUUCCGCUCCCAUGGUGGGAUGCUGGUGGUCAAGGUGGACCACGGCCUCGCUCGGCCCACGAGGGUGCCAGGACAUCGCCGGCGCGUGCUGGUCGCAAGGAACGGCCACGAACUGCCGCGGCGGGGAGCAGCAGCAGGAACCCGCGGUCCACCUCGGGCGCCCGGCAUGGAGGGCUCCGCGACCCCAACCCGGAGAGGGACUGCCGCCCCGCUUUCGAGCGCCUGCAUGCGGACCACGCGGAGCGGCAGCAGCGGCGCGAUGGCCUCCAGGGCGCGGAGACGCGGGAGACCCGGCAGCAGCGGAUCAGGAGGCAGCUCGAGGCCCCGCUGCCUGAGGCGGGCCCCGACUUCGAGCGCCUCCACUCCGAGUUCUACCGGAGGGAGGAACGGCUCCAACGGAUGCGGGAGGAGGCAGACCGGCAGCUGGCCCAGCAGGCGGUGGAGGUGCGCGGCGGAGGGCCGGCGGACACCGACCGCAUGUACGCCCGGCACGCGGAGCACCUGGAGAGGCUGGAGUGGAAGAGGCAGGAGGCGGAACUGGCGCGGGCUGCCGAGGAGCGCGAGCUUCUGGGCGUGACCGUCCGAGGGGGCUUCGAGGAGGAGGUAGACGUCGCCUGCAGCCGGCUGCACAACGACGCGGCGCUCAGGUGGGAGCGCCUGGAGCUCAGGAGGCAGGCGAUCGAGGAGGCGGAGCUGAUGGAGCUCAGUGGUGGCUGCAGCAGGCUCGUGUACACCUCCAUGCCCAGCAGCCGGUCCAGCCUGGACUCGGGCGGGCAGCCUCGCUGGCAGCAGCUGUACGAGUCCGCCCGGCAGCGCGACGAGCGGCUGGCGCAGGAGCAGAUGCUGGCCGCUGUUGAGGAGGAGCAGUUCCUUCAGAACGUGAGCAUUCACCAGACAGGCAGCCAGGAGGCGCAGGCGCGGGCCUGCGCGCGCCUGUACCAGGACGGCCAUGCGCGCGAGCAGCGGCAGCAGCUGCUGCGGCAUCGCCGCGCCGUGGACGAGGCCGAGGACCUUGCCGACGGCUGGGUGCACUACCGCGCAGAGGAAGCCGAGGCCGUGGCGGAGGUUGCGGCCAACCGCUUGUACCAGGACUGGAAGACACGGGCGGAGAAGGAGCAGUGCCGAGCGCAGCGUGCGCUGGACUCGCAGCCGCGGCCCCUCGCCACGCCCAGCGGUGACCACGGCCGCCGGCUGCAGGCGCUGUACGAGGACGCGGGCCGCCGGGAGGAGCAGCGGCAGCGCAGGAGGGAGCAGCUGGAGGAGGAGGAGCUGGAGCAGCUGCGCCUGGAGUCCGUCCACGCUGGGGCCGCGGCCCGCGGCGCCGACAGGAGAGCCUGGAGGCGUGAGGAGGCCGAGACUGUCUUCGAGCGCCUGUCCGUUUUCCGGGGCGCCAGAGCUCCGCCUUCCGCCCGGCCCUCCUCGCAGCGGGCCCCCUCGGGGCGCGGAGCCCGGCGCGCCGCGGGAGCUUCGCCGCGGACCACGCCGCGGAGCGGUGCCUCGCCACGGCCCACGUCGCAGGGGGGCCAGGCACGCACGCCUGCGGCGACCUCGGGUGGCCCUGCGCGGCGGAGCUGGCCGCCGCAGGCGCCGGGCGAGGAGGAGGGCGCAGCCGAGCCCGGGGGGGCGGACGCCGGCAAGCCAGUGGGCACGGGCGCCGCGGACGACGAGUCGCAGCCGGCGCCGCCUGCCGAGCCGCUGGCGCAUGCGCAGGGCACCGACUCUGCGCCUCCGCGGGGCGCGCCGCCGCGCGCGCGGGCCAGCACCAGCGCCGUGCGGAGCUACCCUGCCAGCGGUGCCGGCGCCGCUCCGAGCAGGGAGGCGGCGCGGGCGGCCAGGUCGGCCACUCCGCCAGCCGCGCGGCGCCGGCCGACGGCCGACGAGCUCUGCGACGACGGCGGCCUCUUCGAGAGGUCGGUGCCGCUCAAGGCACGCGGGGCCCCCUCGACGCUCGCUCACGGGCAGGGGUUGGAUCCGUGGCUGGUCUGCCAGCUGGUGGAGGAGGGCGCCGGGCUGGCCUGCCCCGAGCGGGCGGUCGGCGGGCGCGCGCGGCGCCGCUAG